AUGGACGAAACGACAGAAGACACUCAGCCCUCCACGAGCGAGGUGACACAAGUUUCGCCCUCCUCGUCUGUCAUGGGCAACGCGGCGUAUCCGACAAAGCCGGGGAACUCGGAUCUCCGGUUCGCGAGCGGCGAUCGUCAGACGUGCGCCUCCUCCUCCCGCUCCCCCUCCAUCCCGUCUUCCCUGCAUGCGUUUGAGUCGGACGCGAAGUCGGGAGUCUCUACAGCUGAUCGGCAUCUGCCUGAGGAAGAUUGCACGAUUACAGACGCGCGAUCACACGCCUUGGCGUCUGAUGGUGCGUUGCAGGCGUUUCUCCCUUCGUCGCCCUCUGACGCGUCCUCGCUCCUCUCUGCUUCCGCCUCAGAAUUUUCUCCCCUCCUUACUCACGACGACGUGGAGGGACACGAGGCCACCCAGUGGGGAUCCCGGGAAGAUUCCGCCCUCGAGCCAGAGGGGAAAUCGACUCGAAACGGGGAAGGUUCUCUCUUCAUUGCGUUUCAUCGCCUUGCGCAGCAAGAAGCGACCGAGUCGGGCAAAACGAGUUCGCCCCGCUCGGGCCUCCUUUCCCCUGAAUUGCACAUCGCGCCAAACGAGGGCGAAGACCCCGGCUUUGGUCUCGAUGGGGACAGCCCCCUGGCAUCGUUCGUUCGAUAUCGCUCCCUUCCCUCUUCAGAUUCGCUGAACUCGCCGACAACACAACCGGAAACGUGUGAGACGGCGCCUGCGGCCUUGCAGUGCACUUUUGACAGCCUUGUCAUCCCGUCUCAUCUCGACUUCGACGCGAGGGCCCAGACAGAUUCCCCAAAGUCGGCGGACGCGUUUCCCCGACUCUCCCGCGCCGCAGCGCAGAGCGCCGAAGAGCGUCCCGUCCCGCAGGUUCAUCUCCGCGUGAAUCUCCCCACACAGUUGGAGGGGAACUUCCAACGCAUGGUCAUCUGUACAUUGCCCUCCCAGCAGACCUUCGAGGUGUCGUCGAUUCACUUCCCGUAUUCGGUCUCGCUGCCUCUGCCUCGGGGGUUUUCGCUGUCCACACCCAAGCGCGGGCACGUCGAAGAAAAGGGGGGUGGAAAGGAGCGAGAAAGAGGGGGACAAAGAGACGGACCGAGGACCGCCGACGCCGCAGAGCGCGGGAGUGGCCGGAGCAGUUGGAAGACGGCGACGAACUCCAGUAGGAAAGACAAAAAGGAAACAAAACACCCGUUCGUGACUCUUCUUCGCAUCGUCGUCUUUUGCGGCGCGUCCAGACACUAUUCGCCUUCCCAACCCGUGGAUGCUUCCGCGGGACUGUCUUCCCUCGGGCGAGCGGCGCUCCUCGGCGCACCUGGAUCAGAUGCCUCGAAGCCCGACGCGGACUACGAGGCAGAUCUGCCGUCGAGGCGGAGCUCCGACUCGGCGCACGACAAAACAAGCGGCGGCUGCGCCUACUACGUCAACGUGCCGUUGAAGGCGCUGCUCUCCCGCGGCGUCGAAGGCCAAGGCACCGUCUGGUUGGCCUUAAGCAGAGCCGAAGGCAAACUCGCGCCGCUGGCGCCGUGGCAAAUGGAUUUCUACAACGACGGAUUCAGCCGCGCUGUCGGCACUGGGAUGGAUCUGUCGCGGCCCAAAGUGUCUGUGGCGUUCCAACUGGCGGUUCCCGAAGGCGGAGCGCAGGCCCCGGUCCCUCCCCAGAGCGCGCGGGUGAGCGUGACUCGACGCAUGCAGCAACUCGAGAAGGAAGUCGACCAGGUGUACAGACAGGCCGACGUCGAGAUCCAGCGCUACCGAGCUGCAUUGAAGGCUGCCGAGGAACAGAAAGGGAAAGUGACGUCGUUCCUUCGCGACUUCGAGUCCCCCGCGUUCAAGCAAAUGGAGAGCGAGUGCCAUCGACUCCGCAAGCACGCCAAGCAGGCGGAAGAGGCCGCGCGCGCAGCCGAGACCGAGCGACUCGCGACGAUUCAGAAGCUUCAGCACGAGCUCAAAACGGCGCGGAUUCUUUUGCGGUCCCGGCAGCGCCGCAGCCGCGUUUCGCCCUCCCCCCGAUCUGCCGAGUCCCCGUCGCCUGCGCAACCAGUCGCCUCGAUUCCACCCCAGGAGUCCGAUCUCUCUUCCCUGCAGGCGGGGGCGGUGUCCGCGCCGCUCCCGCCUAUUCCGGGGCUCUCUGCGGGCGCCGCGCGCACGAUGGCGAUUCUGAAGAAGAAAAUCUCCGAACUGGAGGAGCAGAACGCGUCGGCGAAGCAAGAGCUGGAGCAGGCCGAAAGACAGAAAGAGGCGCUCCGAAUCGAGCUCCACAUGGUCAAGCGCAACCUCGACCUUGAGCGCAGUCGAAGUCUCGUCCAGAGGAAGGCCCUCGAAGAGUGCCGCGCGCAACUCACGCUCUCGGGCCGCCGUUCCGCGUCCAAGGCCAGGGGCGACCAAGCCCAAGGAGAUCGCCCAGAGGCGCGAGACUCGGCUCGGACCGCCACAGGGGCGGUUGGCCGAGGAGCCGGCACGGAAACAGGCAAAUCUCUGCCGGAAGACGCCGGGUCCCCGACUUGUGACGAGGCCUCUGCAUCGUCCGCGUCGGCAGGGCCUUCGUGCCUGGGUGUCUCUGCCACGCCGCCGGCGCCGUCUGCGUACCAGCAGCGGCUGCGGUCUCAGCGACUGUCCCUUGGUCUCUCUGCGUGCGGUUUGGUCGGGGCGUCGAGCAGCCAGCGCGACUCAGAUGCGGGGAAGAGCGCGUCGCUACCCCGCGAACACUCGUUCUCGGCGCUUUUUCCUUCCCUGGCAGCCUCGCUGUCGGGGACGCGUCUCGGCUUGGGAGUCGGGCCCCGCCGACCGGGGAGAGCUGAGCGCAGGACCGCGAGUGAACAGCGCGCGCCGUUCUCGAGGAUUUCCAGCGAGGAGAAACAGAUGCUGCUGGAGCUGAAGACCGCAGCUCUGCAAGCAAUUCCGUCUCUCCAGGCGAUCGCGAAGGCGCAUGCAACCGCGAGUGAGAGACGAAGCGAACUCGCGAGGCGGACCCGCGCUCGGCAGGCGGGGCCGCUCCGCCUCCACAAGGCGGAAAAAGAUCCGAGCGAUCCAAAGGGCGAAGGGGCUGAGAGGAAAAACUCCGCGGAGCCUCUCUCGACGUCCGGAGUCGGCCGUCGAGAAGCAACCGAGCAAGCGUGGACGGAUGAGGAAGAAAGCUCAAACGGGCGCUCAGGGUCGUCGUCUCAGAGCCGAUCUCGCGUUCGAGCUGCGCGCCGUCCUCGGGUCUCUCGUUGCGGGCGCAAGGUCGAGACCGAAGUCGGGGAGUCGUCCUCUGAGGAUUUUGAGGACGCUUCGGUGACAGCCAAGCGUCUCGCGAGUCCCACCGGGAACGUUCAACGGCGUAGGUCUCCGAAUCGAGGCAAGGGACCGGAGAACGCCCCUCGCGCGUCACGGCCAGCAACCCAGAACGACGGCCAAACCUCCAAUUCGGACGAGGGUCGACCUUCAAGCCUCUCCUCCGCCCCAGCCGAUGCGGCCUCGAAACGGCAGAUCCGCCAGAGCGCGUCUCUGCGUCGGAGAAGAGGAAAGAGAUGCGGUCACCCCAAGCGCCCCACAGGGCUGUCUCCUGUCUGUGGCGCGUCCCCGUCGGCGCUGGAGCGCUGCCCCAGCACGAGGAGCUCGCUCUCGUUCACCCUCCCGCGAACUGCCUCGCCGGUCUCGCGAGACGGAGACAUCGAAGCAUGCAUGCAGUCGGCCAGCGGGGGGAACCUGCGUGCCUCUAUCCAGACACUCCUGACUCGCCAGAAGCACCGCUUGACGCGGAGGCUGAAGCGCGCGGUGUCGGUGGAUCGACGCAGCGGUCCGGAGCCGAAGACCGCUCGGCCCUUCGCUGGCGACGCGUCUUCGCUGUCCUGCAGGCCACAGGCACAGCGAGUCUUGAAACAGUCCCGGAAAGGCGCUCGGGGUCAGUCGACUUUUCGAGGCACGCCAGGGAGACACGUGAGGCUGAGGGCGUUGAUGCGCAUCCGCAGGGCGGCCAGAAGUGACUCGGAGUCGACUUCGGGGAAGGCUCUAGCGCGCUCGCAGGGAGGGGCUGCUGCGGCAGUCGCGCCCGAGGUGACUGUUGCUCCGCGAAAAACCACGUCCGUCGUCGAGGCCGGCAAGGGUGCGGGCAGCGCGAGCUCACCAGCCCAGCUGCAGGGGCGUCUCGCCCCGUCUGUGGGCCUCGAGCGCGGAGAAACGGGGCCAAAAGAGGUGGGGCCCGACGCCCGUGGUGGGGCAGAAGCCUCCGGCGAAGAGCGAGAGGAAACUGGAGCUCUCGGGCGUCUUCCCGAGAAGGUGCGAUACCAAACAGAGCUCGCGUCACCAGAGGCGCAGGAAGAAUGCCGGUCGGAGGCUGCCACGCGGAAAGGCAACGGGGGCACCAAAGCGAGUGAAGGGACGAACACACACGCGACGCCAGACGAGGCCAGGAUGCGCCUCAUGAUUUCGCCUCUCGGGCCUCGUUUCCUGCCGGUCUUCUCGGGGGUCUCUGGACUCCCGGGCUCCGACGCAUUCAAGCCGACGCCGAUCAGCCCCGAGCUGACCCCUUGGAGUCCGUCUGGCGAAGGCCCUCAGGCCCGCGGACGCAGUUCUGGUCUCUUCCCGUUGCCCAGGCUCAUUAGCCCGCUCUCCGACCUCCAGAUCGGCGUCCACCCUUGCAUGCGGCCUCCGGGGCGCCUUCCAUCUGGGUCGGGCGUUCGGUCUUUGCCCCACGCGCGGUCUGCGGAGCGCCUGGACGCCACUGGCCUUUCGGCCAACCUUGUCUCUCAGAGCUCCUCGCCCGGAGACUCCUGUGCGGAGCCUGACGAGUUGACGGCGUUUCUCGAGGCGACUCGGGCCCUGGAGGAAGAGACACACGCCGAGGCCGAAGAAUCGGCCAGGACGAGCAGUUGUGCGACGUCGGAGCCUCGAGGGUUGUCAGACGGCUUUCACGAAGAAGUCUUCACGUUGGAGCCGUACAUCCGAAACGGGCGGGAAGGGGAGGUCGGCAGAAGGGGACUGGCCCGGAAGGCGCCGACGGAGCGUCCAUCGCUUGAAUCGGAAGGCGUGUCCAGUCCAUCUGACGCGGAGGCCCCCGCCCACGAAGACGAGGUCGCGCCAAGUCAAGGUCAGACACCUCCCACGCAGGGCGAGAAGGCAGUCCUCUCACGGAGUCUCUCAGGUGCGCAGACCGUGGCGGGGGCGGCGCUCCAGAGGAUAGCGAUGCGCGUGAAGGCGGAGGAAGCAGCGUCGCGAGAACGCGAACUUCGAAAGGCGCAGGAAGGCCGUUCACCCGCUGCGGCCGGGCUCUCCAGCCCCAGUGUCUCUGCGGCCUCUCACGACGAGCUUCCCUCUCGAACGACAGCCCCAGCGUUUGCUCCGCAUGCGUCUGCGCCCAGUCUGAACGGCUCUGCGGCGAAGAACGUCCCGGCGGCGAUGACGCAGCCGCUUCCAGCUGGCCAUGGCCCUUCGUCCCUCGCCGCGAUUUCGGGGGCGCGCCUCGAAGGCCUGCCCCGGCAGAAAACCGCGGCUCUUCCUGCGGCGCGGUUGCAUGCUGGGGCUUCGUUCCUGCCGGGAGCGGGGACGGGAGGCCAGGCCUCCGGCGCCACGCGGUCCGUCGUGGAGGCGUCGCGCGUCAUCGACCCCGCAGGACCGUCCAGGGAGGGGGGAACCCAUUGGCAAGACGCGGAAAGGAACAUUGUCGGAUCGGCUCUUCCCGACAGUUUGGCCUUGACCGCUGCGGGUCCAGCGCCUGGAUACCUGAGCGUAGGCAGGGCCGGUGUCGUGUCGCGGGCCUCGUCGCCGGUUCUCUCUUAUGGGAGCGUCCCAGCUCGCACGACGCUGCGGCCAAGCCCGGCUUCCCCCCCGCUGCCGCCCUCGACUGCCGCAUCUGCGUCGCACGUCGGAAGAGGAGCCAGUCCUGAAGCCCCGGCUGCGUGUCCCGUGCACGUCCACGCAGAUAGGGCCUCACUGAAAGUGGGCCAGUCGCGCGCUUCGGCAGCCAUCGGCGCCGCCGCGCUUCCGCAUGCACACGUCCGGGUGUCUCCCCUCAGAGCGUCGGCGUUGCCGGCCUUCGCAGGCUACGCCUCUCCAGCUUCUGCGUCGCUUUCUCGAAUCUCGGGGUGCAUGCGGUCCACGACCUCGACUCCGGGGUCCGGCCCCGCGGAGGGAUCCGCCUACUUUUCGCCUGCGGUCCCCGCUCACCAAGCCGAUCGUCUGUCCACUUUGGUUGGCGCCUACCAGCGACGCCUGCAGAUCGCCGGACAGGCGUCAGGGCCGGGGCUCUGGAAGGCUGGGGAAGUGGAGACCGAGAAGGCUCGGGGCGUGCUGGGCCGCGCAUUUGAGCCUCAGUGUCUCGCGUCGAAUGCCGUCUACCUCGCACAAGACGGGAGGUCGGCGACCGAGCUUCGAGAAUGGGAGGUCGGAGGGGUUCCAGGGAGAGAGCCGGCGUCACGGCCAGCGCCGGCUUUCGCCGCCAAGCACCUGGUGUCUGCAGCGCCUUCUGCGAUGAUGGGAGGUUCCUCGCAGCUUCUUGUGCACGCAUCGACUCCGGGAACGCGAUUUGUUGUCCAGCCUCCUCAGAUGGAGAUCGACGCGGGCGUGUCUGUCGCGUCCCCGUCUGGGGAAGGCCGAUGGCGAGGCGACGUGAGAGAUUCCGCUCGAGUGCAGCACCUAAAUGCGGCGCGAAUCCGAGACAGCGGCCAUCAUGUCUCCUCGCGUUGA